UUCUUUGAGGUGGUGAGAAAGAAACAAUGGUGAAGUUUCUGAAGCAGAACAAGGCGGUGAUCCUCCUUCAAGGCCGUUACGCCGGCAAAAAGGCAGUGAUCAUCAAAUCCUUCGACGACGGAACCAGUGACCGUCGUUACGGACACUGCCUCGUCGCCGGACUGAAGAAGUAUCCAAGCAAAGUCAUCCGCAAAGACUCAGCGAAGAAGACGGCGAAGAAAUCAAGAGUGAAAUGUUUCAUCAAGCUCGUGAAUUACCAGCAUCUGAUGCCCACACGUUACACGCUCGAUGUAGAUCUGAAGGAAGUUGCGACUCUUGAUGCUCUAAAGAGUAAAGAUAAGAAGGUGACUGCUCUUAAAGAAGCUAAGGCUAAGCUUGAGGAGAGGUUCAAGACUGGCAAGAACAGGUGGUUCUUUACUAAGCUCAGGUUCUGAAGAACCUUUGAGAUUCUAUCUAUUUUGUUUAGUUCUAGAAUGAAUUUGGAUCAUGUUGUUUAAGACUUUUUGGUUUGGAAUUGAUUCUGGAUUUUGUCUUUUACUUAUGAUCAUUUGCUAUAUUGAUGCCUCCGUUUUAUAUAUUGUCAUUGGUUUGAUAGUUUAUUUGCUUACCAAACCUUGAAUAUGGUCAAUUUUGGUUUCCAAUUUCAAGAUUGUGUAGUAUUGAAAUGGGGUUUUCUGAUGUGAAUCCAGAAUAGGCUUUUUGUGAUAUUGUCUUAGGUUCUGAGUAAUGCUAUUGUAGUAACAUAGAGAGUCUCGUAGAAAGCAUGUUUGAGUUGUCAUUCUUGAUUUCCAUGUUGAUCUUAUGGUGUUAUAAGUAGAGUGUUUUAUCCAAUAACUGGACAAGAACCUA